CUUCAUCCUUGUGUGUUGCCCCGGCAUUUAAUUCCGCGCACAGCCUAUCGUUGUCAUUCGUUGUAGUUUCUUUACUUAUUACCCUACGCGAGGGUGUGCGUCAAGGUUCCCAGCAUUCCAGCAUUCCUUCUUAUUCUGCUGGCGACUGUUUACUUCUCUCAUUCUUGUUCCUGUAACUGUGUUACUACGUCUUGUUGAACGUCAGCUUCAUCUUGACCUACAUUGCAACAUUAUGAUAUUUUGGCGUGUGAUAUCCGCGGCCCUAGUCCUUGGAUCCGCAUUUACUGCUCCAGCGGAGAAACGCGGAGUUGCAUUCAGUUGGGGAUCGGAAAAGUUGCGAGGUGUGAACAUUGGGGGAUGGCUAGUGCUUGAACCCUGGAUUACACCAUCCGUUUUCGAAAGUCUUGGUCGCUCUGAUGUAGUGGAUGAGUAUACUCUCGGCCAGAAGCUCGGUCAUGAUGCCGCACUCGCUAUUCUACGGAAGCACUGGGACACAUGGGCGACCUGGCAAGACUUUAACAAAAUCAAACAAUCAGGCUUCAAUGUCGUCCGGAUACCCAUCGGAUAUUGGGCAUACGAUACAUUUGGAGCUCCGUACGUCCAAGGCGCAGCCGCUUACAUCGACGCAGCCAUAGACUGGUCAAGGGGUCUGGGACUAAAAAUAAUCAUCGACCUUCAUGGCGCCCCCGGUUCGCAAAAUGGCUACGAUAACUCCGGUGAAAGACUAGCAAACCCAACCUGGCAAAGCGGGGACACGGUAAAGCAAACUCUCCAAGUGCUCAAGACCAUCUCCGAAAAAUACGCUCAGACCAAAUACCAAGACGUCGUCAUCGGUAUCCAACUCCUUAAUGAACCCUUGAUCGUGAAACUCAAUGAAGCCGGCGUUCGCCAAUUCUACCGCGACGGGUUUGGUCAAGUACGAACGGUUUCUGAUACUCCUGUCAUCCUCCAUGAUGGAUUCAAACCGCCGAAUACAUGGAACACAUUCCUCACACCUUCAGACAAUAACGCACAGAAUGUUGCCAUCGACCACCACGAAUACCAAGUGUUCUCUCCCGAGCAAGUCGCCAUGCAACCCUGGCAGCACCGCCAAGCUGUCUGUAACAACGCCGAAUCCUAUAAUGGCGCUGACAAGUGGACAUUCGUAGGGGAAUGGACAGGUGCUAUGACAGACUGCGCCAAGUAUCUCAACGGCUUUGGUGUGGGUGCUCGAUAUGAUGGAACAUAUCCCGGAAGUUCCUACGUCGGUACCUGUGGCUUCCAAAACGAUAUCACUCAGUGGCCGCAAACCUACAAGGAUGAUACGAGGGGAUAUAUCGAGGCCCAAAUGAUGGCCUUUGAGAAGAAGACCCAAGGGUGGUUCUUCUGGAAUUUCAAGACCGAGGGCGCGGCAGAGUGGGAUGCGUUCAGAUUGAUUGACGCGGGGGUUUUCCCGCAGCCGUUAGAUAAGAUGAAGUUUGGAGCCAUUUGCACCAAUUUCUAGAGCUCGGAGGUUGAGCUCUAAGAGACCGGUUCUCGAUAUUGACAUAGGUCAUAUUCUUUUAGGAUACGUCGCG